GGUAGGAACUCCCUCCUACAGACCAUACCUUCUGGCAUUGCUGACCCAUCAGUCCAACUGGACAACUCUUCAUCAGUGCAUCAGUGCUCUUCUCAGCAAGCAGCAAGACCAGCGACUGGACCCAUCUUCUGCUCUGGACUUCCUGUGGGCCUGCAGUCACAUCCCUCGUAUCUGGCAGGGCCGGGACCAGAAGACCCCACAAAAACAGACAGAUACGUUUGUCCUGCGUUUGAACCCGGAGGAGCUUAUCAGUCUGGUGGACCUCAUCAUGUCAGAGUCUGAGCUCAACAGCCGCGGCGACUCCUCACCCCGCUCCCUCAUCCAGUCACGGCUGCCCCUGCUCCACAGCUGUUGCCAUGGCGACCUGGAGAGAGUGAAGAAAGUCUCAGAAUACCUCAUCAACUGCACAAAGAAAUGGGGAGACAGUGUGAUGAGUAAGCGGUGCCAGAACCUCCUGCUCCAGCUCUACCUGCACUUCCCAGAGGUCAUCCAGCACGUGACCUUACCUGACGCCACCCUGAGCAGCGAGGGGGCUGCCGACGGCACCACAUGCAAGCACGACGUCCUGGUUCACCGUCUGGUCACGUUGCUAGGCGAUACGGGAGACACAAAGUUGGCUGAGAACCGGAUGUCAGACGCUAACCUGGCCUGCAGGAAGCUGGCUGUGUCCCACCCGGUCCUCCUCCUCAGGCACUUGCCGAUGAUUGGAGCGCUUCUCCACGGACGCAUCCACCUCAACUUCCAGGAGUUCCGGAGCCAGAACCACCUGACAUUCUUCAGCAACGUGCUAGCCAUCCUGGAGCUGCUGCAGCCGUUAGUUUUCCACAGUGAACACCAGAGGGCGCUGCAGGACUGCCUGCUCUCCUUCAUGAAGAUCUUGCAGAACCUCAGGAGACCUCGUAUGCAUCCGUUGGCCUUCUUCAGUAAAUAUGUGCAGUUCAUUCAGAAGUAUAUUACCCACGAUGCAGCGUCAGCCAUUCCCUAUCUCCAGAAGCAUUCUGAUAUCCUACAGGGGCUCUCGUCAGAGCACCCUGACCUGCUGCUUAAGUCCCUGUUGGCUGGCCUCACCCUGCCUGUGAAGACGGGCUCCUCUGACAGCUCUGCUGAGGACAGAGAUGAUGAGUCGUCCUCUGGUUCCCUGCCCAUGGUCAGUAUCUCGGCCUCCGUUCCACUGACUGCAGCUGACAUGACCAAGUACCUGAAGAAGGUCUCCAGGGGAGAAGCCAUCGAAGAUGUGCUGGAAGUUCUGACCGAGGUGGAGGACAAGUCCAAGAGGAAUCCUGAGAUCAUCCAGUACUUCACUAAUGACCUGCGGAGACUGAUGACUUCUACUGAGGAGUUGUGCCGUAACAUGGCCUUCAGCCUGGCCCUGCGCUGCAUUCAGAACAACCCGUGUACUGCAGCAGACUUCCUGCCCACCUUCAUGUACUGUAUGGGCAGCGGGAACUUUGACGUGGUGCAGACGGCGCUUAGGAACCUGCCAGAAUAUGUGCUGCUCUGUCAAGAGCAUGCAGACAUCUUACUCCACAAGGCCUUCUUGGUGGGGAUCUAUGGGCAGAUUGACACCAGCUCUAUGAUCUCUGAGUCCAUGAAGGUCCUGCACAUGGAGGCAACAACAUGAGGACCCGGAGAUACAAGUCCUUCUCCUCUGACGGGAGGCAGUGUCACCGUAAUGUUUUUGUACUGUAGAUUUAGACUCGUGUCAUACACAAUUGCUCUGUUCUUUUUAUCCAUUUGGUCAUUUCAUCAGGAUUUAUGGAUUGAUACAAACUGAUUCUUUGAUUCGAAGGUAAUAUCGAAGUAUUCAAAAGAUGGUGAUAAUGAUUAUUGUAAAAAAAGGAAAUAAAAAUGUCACUCAUGCUUGUUUU